CACCUCAAGCCAUCACCAGCGGCACCACCGGUGAGUGGCCCGCGACCGCGGAGAGGAUGGGGGUGCGCCGUGCGCCGGCGCCCACGGCGGCGCCGUCACCGGCACCUCGGCCGACGCCUCCGAGCGUGAUCGGCUUCUACAGUGAUCGGCCGGGACGCCAGUGGCGUGAGUUCAGCAACUUCUACAGGCUCCCUCGUCCGUACGAGUACACGCUGCCUUCCUUCGCGCGUCGCCAGGGGCUCCCCGAUUCCAUCUGGUGCCACUUCUCGGAGAAGGCGAUCAUGGCGACGAAGGCCGCGCUGAUGGGCGACCUCGAGGCCUUCCAGGCCAUCGACAGAGCCGAGGACCCGCGGUCUGUCAAGGCCCUCGGCCGUGGCGUGCGCAACUUCGACGAGGCGCUCUGGCAGCAGCACCUGGCGGACGUCGCCUUCGAGGUGGUCCGGCAGAAGUUCGAGGCCGACCCGGGCUGCCGGCGGGUGCUCCUCUCCACGGGCGACAGCAUCCUGGCGGAGGCGGCCCCGAACGACGCCGUCUGGGGGAUCGGCCUGCCCCUCGGCGACGAGCGGGUGCAGCACCCCGACCAGUGGUGCGGGCGCAACGCGCUGGGCUACGCCCUCAUCCGAAGAAGAGCAGACGCAGGGUCGAGUGCAAACGUCGAUUUCGCUAUAACCGUUGUGGCUCGAGGGUUUGAUAUGGCUCCCAAGAAGCCACGAUACGAUGAUGCCGGCUCACUGAAAACUGUUCUUGCCCCUUUUGUUAAGAACAUCAAUUGGCUCUCGUACCCCAACAAGCCGACGCACGGCUACAAGAAGUCAAAGCUGACCGCCAACAGGGCUCUGUUGUACGAGCUCCAAUCUUUGACCCCGAAUUUGAGUUUCAAGCCCGCGGCCGUGAAGCACGCCCUCUCGAAGAUCGCGAAGGCAAAGGGGUUCGACCUGAGUUCGGACGAGGUUCUCGACUGGAUUGAGGAGCACGACAAGCGCUUGAGACCAACUGAUUGGUUGUACGGAUAUGACGUGGAGCUCGAGAACUACUGGAGGAAACCUGCAGGUGCGACGUCAAAGACACCACCAGAAUAUGCAAUCAGAUUGGUCCCUCCAGAAAACGCAACUGACAGCGACAUGAUGCUGGCCAUCUUCCCAGACGAGGAGAGGCCUGUGCCCCAGCUGAUGGUGGGCGCUUGGAGGAGGCGUGGCAUGCCAGCACAAGGGCAAGCGGCCAGCUCUGCCGAUGCCAGCGCUGCCAACGACACCAAGUCGUACGUGUACCGCGCCGAGCUCGAUGGCAAGAAGAUCGUUGCAGAUUUCCGUUGGGACGGUGCCAAAGGCGCCACAAAAAUUCAGUGCGCUCGUAUCAUGUUGGGCGGGUCAGCAGUGUUCCACAUGAACGUUGCCAAGGUAUUCAAGGGCAACAAGGACACCGCCUUCGAGUUCGUGAAGUCGUUGGCCGUCAAGCUCGCGGCCGGGGAGAUCAACAAGCAGGAUUGCAUCGACGAGAAAAACAAGUACGAGAAACAUGACGGUGAUCCAUCAUUACCUUCUGGUAUCAGGAUGAAGCGGCCCGCUGCAGCGAUCAAGAAGAAGCCAUCGGCAGUGGAUACGGUUGCGGAUCUCGGGCCCGAGACGGUCGCGAGCGACAGCGACUGCGAGCUCAUGAUCGGGAACGCCAAGAUUGCCGACACGCGUGCUGGCCGUGUGCGGCCCUACGAGGGGGACCACCAGGACCGACCGAUUAAGUAUCGGUUCGUAACUUAA